UCCAUCUCUCUCGCCUCGCUCUUCGCUCUCACACACACUUCUUCGCCAUUCUCCGCUCCCCCAACCCCUCUCUGUUCUCUCUCGUUUUCUGCCCUUGUUUCUGUGAGCGAUUGUCCCGGGGGAAGCAGAGCUCUGAGGGAGACGGGAGAGGAUGGAGGAGGAGAGAAAAUGGCAAUGACAGUUUGUAGGACAGGCGUUUGCUAGGAGGUGGGAAGCAAAAGUAAAGGAAAGGAACACGAACAGAAAGCUAUAGACAGAAGUUAAGAAAGGCGGAGAAAGAAGAGCAAAAAGAAAGUGAGAACAAACAGAAAGAAAAAAGGAGGUGAAGGGAAGUGGCAAAAGGAAAGGAGUUACAGGGGAGGAGCAACAGAAACAACAAUAGGUUGACCUGUCACCAUGACAACAGAAGCAGGCUCUGAAACAGAGGUGAAGGAGAAAGCAGAAGAGUCAGCUGCUCAGCCGGACCAAUCAGAGAAGGUAACAGAAGAAACCCAGGAAGUAGCGAACGCAGAGGGAGAGGAGAAGGAGAAAGAAAAGGAGAAGGAGAAAGAGGGGAAAGACGGAAAAGGAAUAUCUCGAUACCUGCCAACAUGGCUUAAGAAGCAGAAAUCUCAAAGCCAGACCUCUCCAACCAAGGAGUUCCCACCCACAGAGGAAGCCGUUAGCCCGGUGGCACAGGAAGAGGAGGGCCCUGCCCCAGAAGUGAACGGUCACGCAGAGGAAGUGGAAGAGAAGGAGGCAGUCAAGUCAGAGCAAGUGCAGGAAAAAGAGGCAGAAUCUCAUUCCAACGCCAGCGCAGACACUGAGCCUGCCAAGGAAGAGAAGGUGGAAGAGAGUGCUGAGAAAAGUCCCGAAGAGACCAAGGAGACAACAGAGGGAGAAGGAGCAGAGGAGGAUAAGAAGGAGCAGGAAGACGAGGUGCAAGGUGAAGGGGAGGGAGGAACAGAAGAAGGCCAGACUUCCAUUUUCCAGUCUCCUCUUCGCCUUGUGAGGAAGACCAAGAUGAAACUGGUGGUGUGUCAUGUGACCCUACUGGACGGGACCGACUUCACCUGUGAGGUGGAGAAACGAGCAAAGGGCCAGUACCUGUUCUUUAAGGUGUGUGAGCACCUUAAUCUAAUGGAAAAGGACUACUUUGGACUGAUAUACAAGGACAGCCAUGAACAGAAGUGUUGGCUGGAUCCCACUAAGGAAAUCAAGAGACAGAUCCGCAGUAACAACUGGCAGUUUGCAUUCAAUGUCAAGUUCUACCCUCCUGACCCCUCACUGCUCACUGAAGAUAUUACCAGGUACCUGUUGUGCCUGCAGCUCCGUGAAGAUGUGGCUUCUGGACGACUGCCUUGCUCAUUUGUAACUCACGCUCUGCUGGGGUCAUACACAUUGCAGGCAGAGCUCGGUGACUGUGAACCCGACCAGCCUCGGCCGCUGGACUACAUUAGCCAGCUGACCUUUGCUCCCAAUCAGAACAAAGAGAUGGAGGAGAAGAUUCUUGAACUCCACAAGUCCCACAGGGGAAUGACACCAGCACAGGCUGAUGCCCAGUUUCUAGAAAAUGCCAAGAAACUGUCCAUGUAUGGAGUGGACCUGCACCAUGCUAAGGAUUCUGAGGGUGUGGACAUCAUGCUAGGUGUGUGUGCCAACGGACUCCUGGUUUACAAAGACAGACUUCGGAUAAAUCGUUUUGCUUGGCCCAAAAUACUCAAGAUUUCAUACAAGAGGAACAACUUCUACAUUAAGAUCAGACCAGGAGAGACGGAGCAGUUUGAGAGCACAGUGGGAUUCAAACUCCAGAAUCAUCGAUCUGCCAAAAGGCUGUGGAAAGUCUGCGUGGAGAAUCACAGUUUCUUCAGGUUAAAUGCUCCAGAACCUCCAACCAAGGCUCGCUUCUUGACUCUGGGUUCUAAGUUCCGCUACAGCGGACGAACACAGGCCCAGACCCGCCUGGCCAGCUCCCUUAUAGACCGACCUGCACCCAACUUUGAACGCACCUCCUCAAAACGCAUCAGCCGCAGUCUGGAUGGAGCACCAGUGAUCAGCAUUACUGAGGCCGGCAGGGACACAGCUGAGAACGGACGUGAGCACCGCCUGGAGCUCCACUCUGACUCUAAGGUUAAGGAGGUGGACUUAAGCCCUGGUGAUGUUGAAGCUACAUCUACCCAGUCACUUGGAGCCAGUGAGGUUUCCCUCUCUCAGGACCAUGAUAAGACUCAAGACGAGGUUCUGAAACACCAAGCUAGCAUUAGCCAGCUAAAACGCUCCUUUAUGGAGGCGCCACCUCCCUCUCCUCCUCAGCCCAACCUGUGGGAGAAACGUCUCACCUCCUCUCCCGCUACAACGAUACGUGUUCAACAGCAACAAGUGAGCCUUGAAGAGGAGAUAGCGUCUGUACUUUUCAGUAGACACUCUUGCACUGGCUUUGACUCAGCUGCUGAGGCUGCCUGCAGUGUUCCCGAACUGACACUAGAUGCUGUUAUAACCACAUGUUCAUCUACUACCUCCACUACAGCGCCGCAAGGGCUUCUUAUCUCCCCAACUACUACGCUCUCUGCUACUGAGGUGAAUGUGCCCCAAAUGGAAGCAGCUGCAGAUGAUAGUACGAUCUCUGAUACCAAAGAACCUGCUAAGACAACUGAAGUUGAAAUCGAAGAAACCGUUGUCGUCCAAGAGGUUUCCAAAACAACCAAACCUGGACUUGUCACAGUUACAACCAGCUCUCCUGCAGGCCCACCUGCAGAGCAGGAAACAAGAGAGCCGGAAGUGAAGGUUGAAGAGGAAGUAGUGAUAGCAGAGGAAGCAAAAGCAGCAAAGCAGGAGAGCAUUUCAUCCGAGAGCGAGAGCGAGGAAGAAGCAGAGUACCACCCAAAUGUCCCUGUAUCCAUCUCGCAUACGCAAAUCCUAGAGGAGAAGGAAGAGGAUGAAGAGCAGGAGAAGAAAGAGGAGGAUAAGACGGGGGAGCAGAGCAUUUCAGUUCCAGACACUUCCCUUCCAUCUGUAAUCACUUAUCCCGCAGAAGAAAUCACUCAAGAGGUAGAGGAGUCCAGAAAAGAGGACACAGUGCCAGAGAAGAAGAACAAUGCAGAGGAGGAGAAAGAAUGUGAGAGGGAGACAGAGGAAAGCACCGACGAUCCAAUGGUCACACCUGAUGAAGCUCCCAAUGGUCUCCCCCUGCCUGAGGAGGCUGUGCAGGGGUUGGUCACCCACGCAGAGGAAGAGGAGGAGCCCAGAAUGAACGGAGAAGCCUCUCUGGUUGAAGCAGAGCACCGGCCACAGGUUAUUUGUUGCUCUGAGCCACCUGUGGUAAAGACAGAAAUGGUGACUAUAUCAGACACGUUUGCAGCCCAGAAAACUGAGAUAGCAACAAAAGAAGUGCCCAUCGUACAUACGGAAACCAAGACCAUCACUUACGAAGCCGCACAGUUGGAUGGUAAUGGUGAUGGCGAGCCUGGAGUGUUGAUGACUGCUCAGACAAUCACCUCUGAAUCUCUGUGUACUACUACAACCACACACAUUACCAAGACGUUAAAGGGCGGCCUAUCAGAGACGAGGAUUGAGAAACGCAUCGUCAUUACUGGCGACUGCGACAUCGACCACGACCAGGCACUGGCCCAGGCCAUUAAGGAGGCCAAAGAGCAACAUCCUGACAUGUCUGUUACCAGAGUGGUGGUUCAUAAAGAAACUGAACUGGCUGAGGAGGAGGAUUGACUGAACUCAGAGUUGAAGGGCCCAUCAUGACUGUUUUCUCUGUUGACGUUGAACGACCUUCUUCACCCUACGACGACCAACCGUGACUGACUGAAGAGGAGGAGAAAAAGAGGAGCUAAAGAGCAGGAGGAGAAGACUUAGACAGAUGGAGUCGCUGGUCACCAAUCUCUUCGCGGUCGGUCUUUCUUACAUGUCUGUGGUGCAUCUAAAUCCCUCACUCCAAAACCAAGUAAAAGAAAAAUAAUAUCCUCACUCUCUCUGAGGGAACACAAAAGAACCACUUUGUUAGCUUAACAUUUGUAGUGUGUUUUUAUUUUUUAAUAGUGCUUUUUUUUUUUUUUUUUUUUUUCUUUAACUGUUUGUUUUACAAAAAGAGAGAAGAUAGUGUGUCUGUCAGAUACUGUUAAAAUAAAACCUUUAGGGAUGCACUGAUAACCAGUUCUGAUGAGAUACAAGCCUAAGAAUGAUGACUGUAUCAUUGUACCGAUUAUUUCAUCAUUGUAUUGAUUAUUUCAUCAUUGUUAUUGACCUUCAAUAACACUCAAAAGUCAAAACAAAUUGAAACUGUUUUUAUCUUUUUUAUCUUUUUUGUCAAAAAGCUAUGAAGUUCUUUGCUUGGUAUCUGUAUCAGCAGUGGAAAAGUGGUGUUGGUGCAUUCCUGAACAAAAAAAAAAUGUUGUGUGUUAAAUUACAGCUCCCUCCCUCACUUCAUGAAGUGAAGAGUAAUAAAAUAUAAGUCAGUCAUUUCAAAUUUUUACAGUAACAAGUAGGCCUGCAGGAAAUGGGGAGACACAACUUGGUAUUUUUUUUUUUUUUUUUUUUUUUUUUUUUGGAAACAUUUUCAAAGUGUAACAAAAUCCAGGAGUCUUACUCAUUAAAAGACAUUCACGGAGUUGGAUUAUGGUAGAAACCAGUUGUGUCACGUGUUCACAUUUUGUUACUAAUAAUUACAGAGAUUAGGGAGCUGUAACUUAAAAAGAUUGCAGUAAAAAAAAAACAAUCAACCUGUUUUGUUUUGUUUUUUUGUUUUUUUUUUGUUUUUUAUGGUUCUGUCUUUUUUUCCUGUAAGUAUAGUUAUUAUUCAUCCACAUUCCUUGUGUGUUGACUGGCAGCUGAGUGAGUUCAUUAUCAGUUCAAUUCACUUUUUACUCAAGAGAAGACAUUUUAACAUUUACAGUAGGUAAGAGUGGAAGGACUCUUAACUGGGUCAGUGGGUUUUACUUUAUUUUCGAAUUCAGAACUGAAAAUGAACUGACUUUAACGCUGGUGUAUACAACGUUCUGUACAGUAAACUAAAUGAAGGUUAAUAAGCAGUAAUCCAGCUUUUACUUAGCUAAACGCUCUCCCUGGGCCCGCCCACUGUACGACACUAACCAUUCCCACUGGGCCGCAGGGGAGCAAGGGAGCAGCAAACUGACUUUUGAUUGGGAGAGAGGACCAGUAAACAGAAGUGUAAUUGGGAGAUAGUGUUAGCGCUGUACCAUGCCGACCAUCAUCUAUUUGGGAGUGAAAAGGAAUUUGAACAUUAUUGCCUGUCGGCCUUUUUGGGCAGUCGUUAUAUUGCACCCUGCAGUGAGUUAAAGCUGUUUUAAUAUUCUUAGGACAAUGCUUAACAAACAAUCUGCAAUUUAUAUUAUUCAAAAAGAGUUUUGUGCUACGACCAACGCAGGUACCAAAACGAGGACAUGCAGCUGGAACAGCUUGGAAACCAGUUCUGUCACAAGCAAUUUCUACCGGUUUGCUAGCUCUGCCUCGGAGCCUGUUUGUCAUCGUAGUUCAGCACUUAAUUUCACUCCCAGCUUCUUUACCUACCAACAAAACCUGCUAGACAUAAUGAGAGGUGGAAUUAAAUUCAGCAUGUCUUCACACAUUUUUAUCUUCAAAGAGUAUCUUGAGCGAGUAUAGAUUGAUUGGUUUGAGAGUGUGUAGAUAACAGAUUAUCUCGGCUCAUACAGUAUGUCUAGAUAAGAUUAUCUUUGACAUGGCGCUGGCUGUGUUGUAACUGUUUCACCACAACCAAAUAUUGUGCCGUGUUAAUGGUAUUUUAUAUGUUUAAAUUUCAAAAUUACAUUCAGUUGUAUUCUAGAUGAUUCUAUAAUACAAACAUAACUACACACUGCAGACAGACAUGGAAACAGUUACAACAUAACAGUAAAAUGCAGCUUGAAGGGAAGUGUAUCAGAGGGCUUGAAGUGCUCUUGAAAACCCCCCUACAUGGAAUCUCAUGAUGUUUUAUUCAUUUUCUGUCCUUUAGCCAAAUGUUCAGCAGAAAUCCACAAAAAUGUGUCUGUUUAAAUAUCGGUGGCAUUAAACAGGUUAGAACAAGGAGUUUGGUCCAAUGUAUUUAGUUGACCGAUUUUCAAUGUGGACAAAAACAAAAAGAAAAACAUAUUCUGUAAAAUCUGAUCUGUAAUCAAAGAAGUGCCACAGAUUUAUAUGAAAACAUUCCACCUGGACUUGCCUAGGUUUGUCUUAACCCUCCUCUCUGACUGGACAUAGUGGCAUUUCACAUUGAACUCAACAGAAUACUUUGUGUGUUUUUAAUGAAGGAGUAUUGACCUCCUAAUUUGAAACCAUUUUAAAACUUUAUUUCUGGACUGAGACAUGUCCAGAUGAUAGAGUGGUAAUGACUGUCUUGGCUUUUUAUUGGGAAACACCGGUCUGACCUCUACUAUGCAGUUAAAUGACAUUCCAGAUGAGGGGGAAGCUUUAACCUCUAACCCUCUUGCAAAGAGACAAAGCAGCAGAAAAAGAAGGAAAAAAACAAACAAACCAUGCAACAAUGGGCAGCUUUGUGAGUUUUCGCUGUUCAAAACAGAAAAAAACAAUAUUUGUAGCUUUUCUCAUAAUUUGUCGUCCUAUUUCUGUGAAACUGAUCUAGUUGUUGAAAGGCGGGAAUUGUUGUGCCCCCCUCUUGAAUAUUUAUAACAUUGUCACAGUGUUUUUUGAAGGAACACCAUUACGAAUCAAAUUUUCUGCCACAGUUUCCUUUUUGUACUUUUGGCCACAGAUUAAACCUCUUUUCGGGGGUCUGGGCUUUCUUCUAUCCAGUCACAGGAGCUGUGGGGCGGUGAGGUCCGGUUUUCCAAAAUGUUUGUAGCUUUUUCUCAUAAAUUUUAUGUGAGAUCACCCAAAAAAGAAAAAAAUAGAAUGACAAAUGAAUGACAGUAACUUUUAUUAAGAUGAAAAAGCAAAAUAGACAAGAGUUGGACCAUUGGAAGUUUCCAGCAGUUACCAAGGCAACUCCAUAAUGUUACUCAUGGAUAAGAAACAGAUGAUUCUACGCCAGCUGAUUUUAAAACUGUCAGGGAUCUCAACAUUAUGGAGGGCAUUGUAACUUUCAUCUGACACAGUGACAUGACUUUCUGUGUGGGGGCUGAUGAGAUGAAUGUUUUAUAAUUGACGCCAAUUAUAUUCUUUACACAUAAAGCUCAGGCUUGGUACUACAGUUUGGACAGAUGAGGUGGUAUAAAGUCAAUUAAAACCAGCAAAGUUUUGUAUUUUAACUAAGUAAAAACUCACUUUCCACAAAACUUUAUAAAGAACUGAGUUUUGGAAAACCAACCAGCUGCCUCAUUGCUCUUUCUUAGCCAACCAAUGAUCACCGGUAGGGUUUUUCUAUCUAGCAGCUUAACUGUCUUGUGUCUCCCCACGCACAGCCACUCCUCCCCAGUGUAACACUGUUUAAAUAAAGGAUUGUUAUACUCUGAAA